AUAGGUGAUGGGUCGAGAUACGAGUGGGGCCAGGUCUGGUAUAAAAGGGGCACCGUAACAUCUGUGGAGCAUCAGUCCUCAAAUCCAAGGAACAGCAGCAACCAUGAGGGCAUUCAUGAUCGUGAUGCUCGCCGCUUCGGUGAUGGCACGGCCAGAAGCAGGCUACUCUUACUCUCAGCCUAGCUCCAGUUACGGAGCACCAGGAGGUGGAUCCACUGGGAUAGGCGGUGGACUCGGUGGCGGACUUGGCGGAGGGCUUGGCGGUGGACACGGUGGUGGACUUGGCGGUGGACUCGGUGGUGGAUUCGGCGGUGGAUUCGGCGGUGGAUUCGGUGGAGGCUUUGGUGGUGGUAUCGGAGGCGGCGGUGGCGGUGGAUUUGGUGGUGGAUUCGGUGGAGGUGCUGGAGGAGGCGGUGGUUUCGGAGGUGGUUCUCUCAUCCAGAAGCACAUCUACGUACACGUACCACCACCAGAAGCACCGGAAGACAGACCGAGCAGACCCAUCGCACCACUACCCCCACCUCAGAAGCACUACAAGAUCAUUUUCAUCAAGGCACCAACUCCGCCAACUCCUACCGCUCCUGCCAUUCCUGCUCUUCCUCAGCAAGAUGAACAGAAGACAUUGAUCUAUGUGUUGGUUAAGAAACCGGAAGAAGCACCAGAAAUCACUUUGCCUACCAUUGCUCCGACUCAACCAAGCAAACCGGAAGUUUACUUCAUCAAAUACAAGACACAGAAGGAAGUUACUGGUGGUGGCGGCGGCGGUGGUGGAAUUGGCGGAGGAAUCGGCGGAGGAAUCGGCGGAGGAAUCGGCGGAGGAAUCGGCGGAGGAAUCGGUGGCGGUAUCGGAGGAGGCGGAGGACUUGACGGUCAUGGUGGAAGCGGACCAAGUGGACCCAGCACGUCUUACGGAGCUCCCGGUGCUUCAGGGCCUUACUAGUCACUCAAAAUGCCCGUUGAAUCCCCACAACUUCUCCUCCACCCGUACUCGAAUUUACCUUUACGCUCCGCGAGACGCACGCAUUCACGGCUUUGGCCACGGCUUCAGCCACGGCUCAACUGCGAUCCUAUUGGACGCGAUACACUGUGAUCCCACGUGGACGACCGCGGUGACGAGCAGGAACAGGACAAUCGAGUGGACAAUCGAUAGUAACACGAGGCUCCUGCUCGCGAUUCGGAGUUACACGAUUAAUAAGAAUAAUGUGACCACGAUCAUGACGAUGACCGUGAUGACUAGGAUGAUGACGACAAUCAUAACGACGAUGAUGAUAAUGACGACGAUCACGAUGAUGAUGGUGAUGAUGAUGAUGAUGAUGAUGAUGACGAAUAUGAUGAUGAUGGUGGUUCUAACAAAAGUUAGAAACACGGUAACCAAGACGACGACGACGACGACGAUGAUUAGGAUUAAAUGUUUUUUUAUACGUUACUUUUUGCAAGAAAACGGUGGCGAAAUAAAGCUUUUUUUAUGUAUUUUUACAUAAAAAUCACGAUA